AUGACCUCAGAAAGCUGGUCACCGAAGGUCAGCGAGAUCCGGUGUGCGCAGCGUAAGGAAGGCUCCGCCGCCGUGCUGGCUAUUGGAACCGCAAACCCAGCCAACCAAGUGUCCCAGGAAGAGUACCCUGACUACUAUUUCCGUGUUACCAAGAGCGAGCACCUUACUGACCGCAAAGACACAUUCAAGAUAAUAUGUGGUCUAACGGGCCUGGAGAAUCGUUUCUUUUACCACUCGUAG